GCUUUCCAGACAGAUAUAUUAAAUAAUUGAACAUUAAGCAAGUUGUGAGGUGCCCCAGCACAGCCAUAGCAUUCAGAGAAACUGCUCUCAAGUAGUUUUCCUUGCAGUAAGAGAAUAAAACCACACUAAGCUGAGUACCAUACCCAGCUCAAUAAACUGCUGUGACUCUGACUUCCUAUGUGGUUUGUGGUUUGCACUCUACCAGCUUGAUUGGCUGUGCCUCAUGAGGGAGAGGCUGAGAUGCUGGGCUGAAGAUUUGUGUGUCUUGCAUGGCUCUGCAGACAUUGGUCCUUGCUAAGGAUUUGUGCUGAAGACAGGUUGUUGUUAGAUUCAUGCCAUUCCCCCACUGUUUUGUCCCAUCACAGAUCCUGAAAGACCAGACUGACUACCUGCCACAAAGCUUUGCUCUGCUCCCAAGACACAGUAUGGAAGCCAUCGCCAAGUUUGAUUUCACUGCUUCUGGAGAAGAUGAAUUGAGCUUUCAGGCUGGAGAUGUGUUGAAAAUUUUGAGCUCCCAGGAAGAGUGGUACAAGGCUGAGCUCAGAAGUCACGAGGGCUACGUUCCUAAGAACUUCAUUGAUUUCCAUGUUCCCCACUGGUUUGAUGAGAAGAUAUCCCGCCACGAAGCAGAGAACCUUCUCAUGAGCAAAGGAGUUGGCUGCUUCAUCGUCCGAGCCAGUCAGAACUCUUAUGGUGACUUUUCCAUCUCUGUCAGGCAUGAAGAUGAUGUGCAACACUUCAAAGUGAUGAGGGAUUCAAAGGGUAGCUAUUACUUGUGGACAGAGAAAUUCCACUCGCUAAACAAGCUGGUGGACUACUACAAGACAGCUUCCAUCUCCAGGCAGAAGCAGAUCUUCCUAAGGGACAACAGCCAAGAAGAAAAGGAGAGGUGGGGUGGGAGCCUGGAACGGAUAGGUCGGGAAGGAUUCCACAUGGGAGAAGCAGCUGGAGAAGACCAUUGUUCUAUAUCCAAGAGAUAUGUAGAGCAUCCUAUUCCCAUACUGCAGCAGCAACAGGGAAGAUAUGGUGGGAGUCUGGACAGGAAAGACGUGAUACAUAGACUAAGGGAUCAUGGCCAAGGAAGUGCUGGAGCUAUGCAACGGAGACACACAGACCCACUGCACCAGCAGACACCACGAACACUGUGGGUGCGUGCCUUGUACGACUUUGAUGCUGUAGAGCACGAUGAGCUGGGCUUCCGCAGUGGAGACAUCUUAGAGGUCCUGGACAGCUCCAAUCCAUGCUGGUGGAAAGGACGCCUUCGUGGGGAAUUGGGUCUAUUCCCUGCCAACUAUGUCACACCAGUGCUGCUGUGAGGGCACAGUAUGGCCCAGAGGACUGCGCUGGAGCUGCUCUUCUGACAUGACAGGGACAGAGAUGGAGUGUAUCUUCCCUUGCCACCAGGACAUACGUUGUUUUUGCUUUGUCUUAAUUUAUUGGCAAUUGAUCUUUUGAAAUGUUAGUGUGAAAGAGAACCCUUUUAAGAAGAAAUUUUUGCCCCAUUCAAAAUUUUCAAAAUUCAAAAUUUUUUCACAGUCGUGAAAGGGCAAAAAUCUUGGACUGUUCAUUGAGACUUUGCUGGGUCUUUCCUGCCCUGUCACCUCUUUGGCUAACUAUUGAUAACCUCCUGCAAUUGGGUUUAUUCUUUGGAAAUGCCCCUCAGGAAGGUCAGGCGUCAGGUUCAGUAUUCAGGUAGUCCUACCCCUUCAUUUUAGAUCUGGUAGCAGUCAUAGUCUCUUCAGGCUCCUUUCUUUCAGAGGCAGGUGGGUUGCCCACGUGAAUUAAAUGAUCCUUGGCAACCACAUUCAUCCUUCAGUUAGGGAAGGAAACUGAAGGGGCUUUGGGUUGUUGAGUUUGGGCAAUCCAGAAUUUUCUUAAUAGUUUCUGGCUUACCCAUCUCAUACUGUGUGUAUGGACUGUAUGGAUAUACCAGGUGAAGGGAAGGAAUCCUGUAAGCUUUUGUACAAACAUACAAGUGGUGAAGGUACGGGAGGACAAGGAGCUUUCUUUGCUUCUUCUCAUAGGCCUGCUCUUGUUUCUGCACCCUGUAACAACUUACCCAUGUAUUAAGUUACUCUUUUAGGUACCUAUACUUCAGCUAGAUAGCUUAAUUAGAGCAGAUCAGGCCCUUCAGCGAAAUUAGUAUGCCCUGGAUUGGAUAACAACGAAUAUCCUUGACUGGUUCCUUUUGUUGAACUGGAGAGGGAUUGGAGAGGUUUCACUGGUUUGGUGGCAGAAGUUCUUUCCCUGAAAAUUUGUUGUGUUGAGGGUCACCAUAUACACAACUCUAUGAGAAAUGUCUCAUCCAAUAGGUUGAGCUGUUAUUUUACAGUAUGCAGAGAAUAAAGCUGUAGCCAUCAAACAGUCUGUUCUCUGUUCCAGUUUCUUUUGGGUAAAAUAAGGUAAAUUAAUAGGUUUUCAAAUAACUGCUGAGUGAAUGCCCAGAUGUGAUAGAAAUUUAUUGCAAAUGCUCAUUACCUGUUCCCUUCACAAACUCUGUGAAAGGGACUCUUCUGCAUAACCACUGCUCAGGCAUCUUGAUAUUAAACAAACUGCCUGAAUUUUUCACAACAUGUGGGACCUCAGCAGUCAGCAAGGAGAAGUGAUGAUUAGUCAUUAUCGAAAAAGAAAGAAUAGGCAAGUGAAAACCUUUUAAUACAAAUCAGACUCAGAAAAAAAAAAAAAAAAAAAAAAAAAAAAAAAAAAAAAGAGUUCUUAUCUUUUGUUAAUGCCAGUGGAAGAAAAAGGACCCAAGAGAUAGGUUCUUGGUGAAGUCCACUUCAAUGUAGCUGGCCUGAAUAAAGCUAUAAAGCUGACAGUUAGACAGAGUAUUAGCACAAAGAACCCGUUUUGAGAGAACUCCACCAAAAGCAGAUUGUUAACGGGUGAAGUAAAAUGAGAAUACUUCAGAAGGCAUAUAAGCUCUAAAGAGAAUAGAAAACUUUGAAAGACACAUUAAGAACUUACUGGCUACCACGGUAGUCCAUGGAAUAUGACUGCUUGGGCUGGACGUGGCCCUGUUCUCUUGCAGGAGCUCUGUUCUGGCCCUCCAGUGAUUUCUUCAGAAGGGAAGUCCAUGAGGCUUCUUUGGAACAAGAUCCCUUACCAUUUCUAUGGGGUGUAACCUCAGUGACUCCAGUUUGGAAAGUGUUUUGGUGUGAUUUGCCCUUUUUUAACCUUUUUGUGUGUUGGUUGGUUUUCUGCUAAGGUAGUAACAAAUUUGGAAGAGAGAGGGUUAAUACUCAGUGAGAGAGAGGGAGAAUAUUACAGUCAGGAGGAGAUGGAACCAAGAAAACAGAGACUAAAAAAGGUAAAGGAGGGAUAAAAAUGAUGAAUCUUUCAUAUUCAGCUCUGGCUGAAACAUAAGAAAUUAUGUAUUCACAAUUAUUUCCAUCAUGUCAAAUCAUCUUUCAAUUAAUUCCUUUUUUUCUGUAUUAGUUACUUUUAAAAUUAGAAGCAAUGUCUCCCUUUCCUUUCCUUAGCACUCUAAAGACCCUCUUAGUAGUGAAGAUGCACAAAAUUAAUUGAAGAUAAUGCACUUAGCAGUUUGAUAGCUCUUCAUGCAUUUGAAACUACAGAGAUUAACUAAUGAAGCAAGUUUAAGUAGUGCAUUAUAAGUACCCCCAGUUAACUCAGGAUUCAAGGAAGAUGUAAAUUUUCACAUGAUUUUUUUAAUUGAUGUUUAAGGAACUAAUAUCUAAGGUAAUUAGUAUUGAAGGACUGCACACUAAUUAUGGACAACAUACCAGAACCACAGUGAAAUCAGGAUUUCUCAUUAUGAGCAGCACUAAAUGACAGCAAAAUUACCAGGAGGUGACAGCCUCACGGGGUCUGUGGUAACUCCACCAGUGCCUUGCUCUGUUGCCCUAUGCAGGGGCCAAGCUCGGGGCUCCCAUGUCCAGUCUCUCUUGCCUCUGCUUUUGCCCUUUCAGUGCUGCCUGCAUUUACUGCUCAUGGCAGGAGCCGGGAGGCACAGGUGUCAGCCUGCAUUUUUGUGCCCUCCCACAGUAAAAGUAAUUUUUCUCCCAGCAAAACAGCAGUGCUAAGGAUUAUGGCUAUUCCCAUGUCAGUGGAGACUCCAAAUACUAGGGGAAGUGUGGGCAAAAUGGGGAAUUUGGAGAGUAUAGAAGGGGCUGUAGGAUGGAGACCUUUUCUGUGCCCCGUGCCAUUUUCUGUCCAUGAAAUUCUCUCUCUUAUAGAUCAGGCCACUUAAUAAGGAAAGAGAGAGACACUCCUCUCCUUUAACCAUUUACCCUUUAACCAUAUACCAUAUAUCCUGCUCUUUCUUCCAACAAGUUUUAAUUGUAGCACAAUACUUAUUAAUAUUGUGGUGAUUCACUUACACCUCAGAGUCUGUUGCCCAUGCAAAAGGCACAUAUUAGCAAUCUAGGACUGAAGCUUUAAGGUGUCAGUGCUCCACUGAGCUGACAUGACACUUGUCAAUGUUUUGGAAAGAACCAAACCUCUGGAACAUAUCCAGAAGAGUCCACUGUGAAACCAAAAUGGGAAGGGAUAAAGAGGAAAAAUCAGAAGAGUAUUUUGUUUAUUUUUCUUAAGCAAGAAAGACAGUUCAUGAGAAAAGAGAAUGUAAACCGAGAUAAAAGUAGGAAAAGUAUGUGGGAAGGCAGACAUUAUAACAAAUGAAAGAGAGGAAACUGGACUUGUACAUGGUAAAAUAAGUUGGAUGACCACAGUUGAGCUGUCCAUUCUCCUGUCUGAAGAAACCUUUUUCAUAUGUUCUGCUGCAAAUCCAUAUUUUCCUUGGAAAUAUCUCUGUGAUUAAUGAGGCUGAGCUAAAAAGAGUAAAUGGAAAUUUCUUUUAAUGUAAAAAAUGUGCAGGCAGUUCUUUGUGCCACAAAAGAGAGGUCUCUCUGCUUUGGUGUACAUGUUUGCUGUAACAGCUGUGCUCACUGGAGCAUGCUGCAGAAACCAUGGGAUCAUGGCUGGUCCCUAAUGGACUGCUCACAGGUAAGAGCACCAGUGAGAUGAUCCUCAGGGCUGCCACAAAGUCAGCACCUGCUCAGGCUGCUAUGCCAGGAAAACAAGUUCAUGGGUGGGUGUUGUUUUUUAAAUGGAAGUUUCAGUGGGCUGUGCAGGAAAUUUGAAGCUUUUCACAACAGCCACCUGGUUAUGAUCUUUUCUAUUUAGCAGCCCGUCUCAUCCUUCCUCCCCAACAGGAUCCCAGUGAUGCAGGCUCUUGAAAGGCCCUUUUGCCUUCAGCCCUUGUGGAGAGUAACCAAGGAUGUCAGAAGCAAAAGAUCCAGCAGCCAGGACUACAUGGCUUGAACAGACUUGAAUAGAAAUUUGGCAUCAGCUGGGACAUUUUGCACUGCAGGAGCAAUUCCACAGCAGGUGUAGUCCAGCUGCAAGAUGAAGGGUGAUCUCUACCCCAAGUGGGAAGCAGCAGGUCUUUAGUAAUGUCAAUGUCACAUCAUAGAGACAACAAGGAUGUCUAGUGGGUGUGUGUGAGCAGGUAGAUAAGGCCUGGUGCAGCGGAAGAUCUCGGGAUUGUAAUGGAAAGACAGGAAACCUCCCCCCUCACCCUCUGAGGUGUGUAAACUAACUCUGAGAACAAUGUAGCCUCUCCAAACCCAGUAGUUUUCCACUAACCUCUAACCUUCCUUCCCCUCUGACGUAGUGAAGACCCCUUAGACUAUAUAACCCCAUGUGGGAACCUAAUAAAUCGCCAUUUGC